AUGUCGUCUGAGAGUUGGCUGGCUGCUGUCGACGCCGUUUACUUUAUACCUGGAAUGGUCUUGUUCGUGGAGACGAUGCACACAUAUUACGCAGAUCGGAUAGAUGGCCAAAGGAUGGAGGUGUUUUGCAAGGCCGCAAAGGCGGAGCUGGACAAUGUUGACCAUUAUUUCUCGCGUCUUCCGCCAGGAUCAGAGGCUUUCCAGAAAGCCGCUACGAUCUACCCGGAGUUACUCACUCAUAUGAAACCCAGAUUUGAGAAUAUAAGACGAGAUGUCAUGGACUCGUUAAAUGUGCUUGUUCCGCUGCUGUAUCGGAAACAAUUCAGUGCUCGUGACUUUCAGCACCCGUCGAUACCAUCUGAGAGUUGGAGGGCUGCUGUCGACGCUAUGUACUACAUACCUGGAAGGAUCAUCUUCCUGGAGGCGAUGCAUGGAUACUAUGCACGAUGCCAGGCAGAUUGCAGUGGCGACUAUGGCAAAAUGCUGCAACACCUUUGCAAGUCCACGUGGGUGGAGCUGGAGAAGGUUGACUACUACUUCUCGCGCAUUCCGCCAGGCUCAGAGGCUUCCUGCAAAGCCGAGAUGCUCCGCCCGGGUUUACUCUCUCAGCUGAGACCCAGAGUAGAGGAUCUGAGACAGCAAAUCACACACCUCGAAGAAAGGUAUAUUCCGUGGUGGAAUCGUAAACAUGGGGACGCACUGAGGCAACAAAAUGGUAAUCAGGACUUAGAGCACUUGCUGCUUUCGAUUGAAACUCUCACUCUGAGAGAAGCGGACAAAGACAGGGUGGAGAAGCGCAUACCAUUGUUCGAGGUCAGCGACCCACAUGGCAAGACUCACAUUGUUCCAUUGUAG